UGACGGACCGCACGGUCUCUUUUCACGAUCUACCUGGGGUGCCAGAAGAUGCCAUCAUAGCUAUAACCUCAAAUGAACCUACGCCAGAAGAUCCUCUUCACGUGCGACAUCUGAAAAGAAUUGCCGCUAGGAGUGUCCAGAGAAGUUUUAAGUCAAGACGCUCGUCGCGAAGCCUAAUUUCACCUUUGCGCGAUUCUUUAAAAUCAAACAAAAGUGAUGACUCUAACGAGAGUACAGCCCAAUCUAUAUCGUCAAGAACAACUCACACUAUGGGUUCUAGCCAUUCUUCAUCAGACUCACGAUCAUCCAACGAUGAGAAUCAUCCCUGGAUCUUUAGGGACACAACCUUUGCUUACCUCGCUAUACUCUCUGCCACUGGAUUCGCAAUAUUUUGGGUGACUCAGGCUCUCUUUAUCGAGGAUCUUAUGCAGCUCACAGGGAUAAGUCUGGUAGUGAUAGGGUUUAUGUUCGCGUGUGUUCGGAUUGGCAAAGUAGCGGGACACUUGUUGACUGUGCCACUUACCACAUUCUUCCCCAACAGUAUCGUUCAAAUGACAAUUUCUGGUCUCAUUUUAUUCUCGGUCAUGAUAGUUUUGGUUCCCUUUAUCACUUCACCCUACCUGCUGGGAUUAAUUCUCUUCUUGCUGGGUGUUACUUACGGCGUUGUGGAUUCGUGCACCGUACUAAUAAUCCAGAUGCUACAUAAUUCUGAGAGAGCGUAUUUCACGAACCUUUAUUACGCAACCAGUUCGGUAGCGAGUUUCAGCUACAGCCUCCUCGCAGCAUACAUCAAAUCUCAUCACUCCGAGUCCAAGGAUAGACUUAUUUGGGCUAAUUUCAUAAACUCUGGGGUAGCAACAAUAACUGCGCUCAUGAUUCUUACAUUGUACAUUAUCAGAGAGAAACACAAGUAUUACUUAAUCAAUGAAGUAGUAGUUCUGCAACCUCUCAAGUUCAAAGGUUUUCGCCACUAUUUAUUCAGUUUCCUUUUAUUAUCCUGGUCUGCUUUCUCCAGUACCUACUGUCUCUCUGCCUUCUGGAAUUUCAUUUUACUCGUUCUCCAGAACUCGACUCAACUUGACUCUAAACAAAUAUUCAUUCUGAUAGAGGCGUUUCACGGGAGCUUGCUGUUUGCAAGGAUAUUGGCAGUACCAGUAGUGGUGUUUUACGAGAAUAAGACCGUUGUGGUGGGAGCUUGCAACGCUAUUCUAGUCAGUGCUGCUAUUUGUGCAGUGUUUUUGCGAGACAGGAUGUUCGAGGGUCUUCUUAUCAUCCUCCUUUUCUACGGGAUGGGUUUGGGAUUGUUUCACCAGUCUUUACUAAACUGGCUCACGGACCACAUCAUAAUCACUCCUAAAACCAGUCUCCCCUUCUUUCUCGCCUCUACGUCAGGUGUGGUGCUGGCACCGAUGACAGUUCCUCACUUAAUCACCGGAGAGUUAGGUAUGGUCGAACCGAUACGGUUCAUUUGGUUGGUUUUCAGUUUCAGCCUCUCGACAGCUGUAGCUGCCUCCAUCCUUAUUUUCAUAGAACAGCUGAAAUCAGACACAGAAGUUCAAGAGAUACAGAUAAUGCCUUCAGUUAUCAAAUUGUCCCAGCACAGUUUCUCCACUGUGGCCCAGUCCCAGUUUCCGGACACUCCGGACGGGAAACAUGAUGGAGGAAGCUGGAGUAGACUCAGCAAAUUAAGCACUUACACUCAAAAACUUGAUCCAACUCUAUCAUUUGUUUCUUCCAUGACCUAGAUUUUUUAUCAAUUUACUCCACUCACCAUAAUAUGUCAUUCAAUUAUAUCAAUUAUUUUAUUACAUUAAUUAUUAUUAUAUCAAUCAUAUUAAUAUUUUAUUUGGU